AUGCGGCAUCGGUACGCGGGAGCUGUCCAUCAGCACCAGAUCCCCGACGACAAGCACCGAGAGCAGAACCGAGACCCAGUCGCUCCUGUUUUCAGCCUGCCGCCCCCGCCCUCUUCUCACCACCGGGACCGCGCUCCGACCACCGCCGCGCACCGCCAGAGCCUCCAGGAGCUGCCGUGUCUGAGCCAGCCCUCCCGGAGACCUGUUCACAGCGGAGACCCUCUACCUCUGGCGAGCUACGACACCAACCAGCGACCUUCACACCGAGCCGGUGAACCCAGCUCCGGGAAGCCGGCGCACCUGCAGCAGGAUCCCUGGGCCCCGGCCGGCUCCCAGCAGCCGCCGCCGCCGCCGCCGCAGUCGGAGAAGCAGCCUGUUUUUCCGAGCUGCCACUGCAGUUUUUCAGAGCAGGAGGCGAGCUUUUCUCCAAACCAGCCCCAUCCUGCCGGUCCUCUCCCACCGCAGCCCUCCCCACCUUUUCCGCCGCCGAUACCGCCGCCGCCAGCGUCGUCCUCCUCCUCUCUGCUCUUUUCCCGGGAAUCUAAAAGAGGGGAUCGACUCCGAAGGAGUGCCAAUAAUUACCAACAACAGGCAAGCAUCGUGGAACGCUGCAGGGGAGGAGGAGGAGCAGGAGGGCACCGAGACCACAGGCAGCUGUUGCAGCAGCAGCAGCAGCAGCAGCAGCUCUGUCAUCUCAGACUCCAACAGAGGGACCCCUCCCCUGAAGGAAUCCGAGUAAACUCACAGAAAGGGCGCUCUUUAAAUGUAUGUGAGUCAACCGAGGCUAGGAGAGCAUUCGAGUCUCAGACUCAGGAGCUGCAGCAGCAACAGAUCCCACAAUUACGAGCGCAGCAGCAGCUACUGGUGGGGAGCAGCUUGCCUAUCAACUACUGCGCCAGCGGCUCAGGAGAGCUAUGUAGGACUCACCAGGCUCCACUGCUGCACCAGCAAGAGCAGCAGCAGCAGCAGCAGCAGCAGCGGCAGCAGCAGCAGCAGCAAGGCGCACUGGGGCUCUGUCCCCAGCGUCCGCAGCACUGUGAACAAGACCGCAAUAAGUCUGGGAGGAUCAGCGCGCAGGGCGACCACCGCGACUCCCGCGUAACCCCCCCGGUAACACAACAGGCGUACGCGGGGAACUCGUCUGCGACUGGCAGCAACAGCAGCAAAGACAGCCCCAACUACGGCUCCAGCUAUCACCUGUGGCCAGAGAGCCCGCAUAAAGGAGAGGAGAGGAUACGCAUCGACCUGCAGAAGGCCACUACUGAGCAGAAGAAGCUGAGCCAUGCUGGAUCCAAGCCCUCCCUCUCCGAGAGCAGCGGCCGACUCCCUCAGAUAGCCAUGAACACCUGCAAGUACAAUGGCGGCGUGGUGAGACCACUAGUAGGCAGCCUGGCGUCCUCGUCGCGCCGCAACCUCGCGGAGCUCGACUCGGAGACGCAACCCCUGCAGACGCUGCACAGCUCUGGCCUGGAGGUGGUGGUGUCCAAGGGCAACGGCGGCGAAGACCCCAGCAAGGCGUCCAAUGAGAGCUUGGUCAGGGAGGGCAGCGGGCGCGGCGGCGGCAGGGCUCCCCAGAAGAAGAACAGGGACAUUGGCUACAAGCUCGGCCACCGGAGGGCACUGUUCGAGAAGCGGAAGCGGCUCAGCGAUUACGCACUCAUCUUCGGGAUGUUUGGGAUUGUCGUCAUGGUGACAGAGACGGAACUGUCAUGGGGGGUUUACACGAAGGAAUCUUCAUACUCAUUUGCACUGAAAUGCCUUAUCAGCCUUUCCACUGUUAUAUUGCUUGGUCUUAUAAUAAUGUACCAUGCCCGGGAAAUCCAGCUGUUUAUGGUCGACAAUGGUGCGGACGAUUGGAGGAUAGCCAUGACGUAUGAGCGAAUCUUCUUCAUCGUGCUGGAGCUGCUGGUGUGUGCCAUCCAUCCCAUCCCGGGCCAGUACGUCUUCACUUGGACGGCGCGGCUGGCCUUCACCUACACGCCGUCGGUGGCCGACGCCGACGUGGACAUCAUCCUCUCUAUCCCCAUGUUCCUGAGACUCUACCUGAUCGGCAGGGUCAUGCUGCUCCACAGCAAGCUGUUCACGGACGCUUCGUCUCGCAGCAUCGGCGCCCUCAACAAGAUCAACUUCAACACGCGCUUCGUCAUGAAGACCCUCAUGACCAUCUGUCCGGGAACUGUUCUGCUGGUGUUCAGUAUAUCCUCCUGGAUCAUUGCUGCAUGGACUGUGCGUGUCUGUGAGAGGUAUCAUGACAAACAGGAAGUGACCAGUAACUUCCUGGGAGCCAUGUGGCUCAUCUCGAUCACCUUCCUCUCUAUCGGCUACGGGGACAUGGUACCGCACACGUACUGCGGGAAAGGCGUGUGUCUGCUUACAGGGAUCAUGGGAGCUGGCUGCACUGCGCUGGUGGUGGCAGUGGUGGCCAGGAAGCUGGAGCUGACCAAGGCUGAGAAGCAUGUCCACAACUUCAUGAUGGACACACAACUCUGCAAACGAGUAAAGAACACAGCUGCCAAUGUACUCAGGGAAACAUGGCUCAUUUACAAACACACCAAGCUGGUCAAGAAGAUCGAUCACGCCAAGGUGCGGAAACACCAGCGCAAGUUUCUCCAAGCCAUCCACCAACUGCGCAGUGUGAAGAUGGAGCAGAGGAAGCUCAAUGAUCAGGCCAACACCUUGGUGGACCUGGCGAAGACCCAGAAUGUGAUGUAUGACCUGGUGUCAGAGCUGCAGGAGCGCAGCGAGGAGCUGGACAAGCGCAUCGGCACAUUGGAGGACAAGCUGGACUCGGUGACGGGCAGCCUGCAGGCGCUGCCCUGCCUCAUCUCCCAAGCCAUAACCCAGCAGCAGCAGGACUUCCUGGACGGCUUUGUUCACCGCUUUCGUCCCGCUUCGCUAGCCUCCGAGCGUUCUGAACGCUCUGAGCGAUCCUGGACUUCCACCGCCCGAAGGCGGCGCUCUCCCUCCACAGCACCACACACCUCCUCCGACAGCGGAUAACCUUGACAGACCCUCUGUAGUCACCUUCAGGCUCCGCCUUCCCCAGAACCGACGCCUCGUCACCUCAUUCUGUCCCGUCCAAAGCUGUCCCUGUGUCCGCUGGCGAGUCCAUGUCUGGACUGGUAAUGAACCCACAUCCUGACCCCUGACCUGAUUCCUGCCCUUAUUCUUGCCUCCACACUCAUCCCCUCCGUCCUUCCUUCCUCCCGCCCGACAAAAAAUCCAAAAACCAGUUCCUCUGUGACUGAGCCUCUCAGCACAGCUUGGAUCAGAGCUACUCGGAAAGAACAAAGACGGCAAACAAGACUUAAACCAAGAAAAAACACAAAUGCAUCCAAAAAAAGAAAAAGAGAAAAAAAAAAUUAAAAACGACUGAAAAACCGAGAUAAAGUAGAGAUAUGGUUUAUGUUUUAGCCAUUGUAUGGCUGUCCAAGUUAGCUUUUUUGUAAAAGCCCUUGUAUAGUUAAAAAACGACUGAGUUCAGGGUCGCUGGGGUGAGAGCUGGCUGUCACACCGGAGAGUCCUUAACCACGAGGGGGAAGUUGGUCUGUGGAGCCGAGAGCCUCUGAGGCCUGGAGGACACCUGUCCACCCAUCCGUCCGUCGUCUGUUUGUCCGGUGAGGAGAGACAAACCAUUGGAUUUCCCUUUCAAAAGACUAGUGUCAUGGAUUCUUUCCCAUAGGUCAGGGUGAAAGCUUUAGGAGAGGCUGUGGAAGCGCUGACUUCAGGUCAGUGUUUGAAAAUGCACUUAAAGGGGAAACUGUCACACAGAAGAAUAGCAAAGGGGAUGCAUACGGCAUUACUACUGGGUAGGAAAACUUUACACAAUUGCCAACUUCAAGGUAUCAGCUUCCUUGUUCUUACCAAGGGAAAAAAGAGAGCGACUAUCUUUUUUAGUUACAUAUUGACAUGUGAUUUUUCAGUGCCUGAAUGUAUAAAUAGUAGAGGGUUAUUUAAUUACUAAUUUCAGAGCUUUUUUACGAUGUUAACAGUCUGAAUACAGCAUUGCAUUCCUUUUUCAGAUACAUUCCUCUCCAAAAAUUUAAAGAAAAUGUCUUAAUGUACUGCAUAACAUUGCCUCCAUUACGCCGCAACUCUAAAUGUUUAAAAACCUUUUUUUUUUCUUUGUUCUAUUUCUACUAACACAGCGAGAAAUGAAACGGAUCGGAGCGUAAGCGGCAGUGAGUCGGGCUGAGAGUGUAUUUGUCUGAGUUCACGUUUAGCUCGAUGCUGC